AUGAAACUAGAAAAUCCGAGCGCAGUUCAAACUCUUCGUUACGACACUGACAAUGCUAGACUAGCCGUUGCAAGAGCUGAUGGUCCAGAACAACGCGGAAUCGAGAUUUGGUCUUAUUACAACCGGCGUUGUUGGGAUCAAGUCGCGUUCAUCCCUCCAGAUGAGGAUCGACCGGUAGAUGUUUUAGAAUGGACAAAGUACGGGCUUUUACUGUCUGCCGGUGCCAAUGGUUUCAUUACUUCUUAUUGCCCUAAAAGUUGCAAGGUCCUGGCAAAUAUGGAUAGUGGAGCGUCGGCAGUGUGGUGUAUGCGUAAAUCACCCGACGGAGAACACCUCGCCGUCGGCGGAGAAGAUGGAAUCGUGCGAAUUUAUGAAAUAAUGGAUACUAAAACGGAAAUGUGUCUCCUUUAUCUCAAAUCGUUCGAGCGGCAGGAAAAACGGGUUCUUUCGCUGUCCUGGCAUUCGAAAGGAAAACUUCUGUGUACGUCAGGAGUCGGUUCUAUCCGGAUUUGGAAUGUGGAAACUGGCAGGAUGCAUCGUCAACUCGCUGUGUCUAAGGAAGGAAACAUGGAAACAACAGUCUGGUGCAACCUUUUCCUAACAGACUACACGAUCGUGACUGGCGAUUCAAACGGAAGAAUUAAUUUCUACAACGGAAAAUUGGGAGCGCUAGUUCAAUCAAUAAAGAAACACAAACGAGAUAUUCUCACGAUCGCUGCAAGUAAAAACGAAAGGAUGGUCUUUGCUUCCGGAGUCGAUCCAUUGGUCUUGGCGUAUGAGAACAUCCGGGUUGGGGAAAGUGACUUUGAAGGAAAAGAAGAGGAGUGGCGACGAGUCUGGGGCCAUGUGCUUCAUGGCAACGAUGUGCGACAGCUGGAAAUUGUCGACCGCGAGAUCGUGAGCGCCGGAAUAGACAGGAACAUUGUAGUGGCGAGACAGAAAAAAGCAAUAAACGACAACUCGAAAUCGUCCAGCAUCCUCCACAGCUAUCGGCAAAGUCCGGUCUGUUCGGUCUCGAAGGAAGCCAGACUUUUCCUCCUGCAGGGCAGCUGUCAGCUUGAUCUGUGGAAAAUGGCUGACGCAGCGGAACUUGAUGAUGAUUGCAUGGACGAGGACGAGGUAUCGUCAGAAGCACCAGUGCAUAUUUUCUCCCUGAAAACGGAACCGCUUAGAGUUUCGACCAUUUCGCCUGAUGGAAACUGGGUUGCGUUUUCCACAGCAUCGAAGCUUCGAGUGUACAGAGUGUUUAAUGAAGAUGAUAAUGUUGGAUUAGAAAAGAUAAUGAUCGGGGAAGCGAUAAAGGAAGCUCCCCUCCAGCUGCAGUUCUCCCCCGACUCGAAGCUCUUAUUCUAUGGAACGUACUCGUCGGAGCUCAAAUCAUUGAAAAUCGAUGACGACUCCGAAGCAUUAGUCGCCGGGCCGACCUUGCAAGCAAAAGAAAAGACGCAAGAAACACUCAGAGCAAUCAAAUUCAGUAGAACUUGCAAAUACGUGGCAUCGAUCGGGUUGAGCUCGUAUUUGUUCAAUUUGGAGGAGGACUCAAUGAUUUUGAUUCCGAGAGCGGCGACCGCUUACACCGCCGCGAAUUUCAUAAUGAGUGAAAAUGGAGAAGAAACGCUUUUGGCAUCGACGGCUAGCCGAGAUAUCCACGAAUUCAAUCUCGAAGGCGAGUAUACAAAAUGGUCGAACUCGUCGUCCAUCCCCCCCUACAUGGCGCAAUUUGGAACGCGCCCGAUUAUCCUUUGCGACAACGAGAGCUUUACGUUCAUGGAUAGAAGCCGGCAGGAAUCUAAGAACCUUACCAAAAUCAGAUCCGCCGCCCAGGAAAAGAAAUUCAUCGAAGAGAACAAAGGAAGACUGUCUCACGAAGGAAAGAACAUGAAAAACUUCAGUAGAGCGUUGCCACCGACUGUUAGCGAGACAGAAUUCACGGAAAUCUGUCGAUGGAAAUACGUCUUACACGCAGAAGCAGUAAGCAAGGACGAACUACUUGUGAUUGACCGACCUGUUGGCGAAAUUCUCGCAUCUCUCCCGCCCGCUUUCCACCAAAAGAAAUUCGGCAAUAAAUAA